GCCAGCGCCCCGCCGGGGUAGAGGAGGCUCGCGGCGCCCAGUCCCGACGAGCGCAACACGCCGCGCCCGGAGUUGCAAGCUAGGUGAUGCUCCGAUGCUGCUGACUCUCACUGAGUUGAUGACGAGGGCGGAAGGAGAAUAAACUGUGCCUAAGACUGGUCCAGAGCGGGAGUGUGAGUAGAAAUGCUACGGUAGAAGCAACCUGUCUGGCAAGGAAUGCAGCGUCCUUCUGACAGCCUCUUUGUGCCGACGUCCCACAGAUCAUGACUGCCUCACCAGAAAGGGCGCUUAGGAUUUUUUAAUCGGCCACCUAAAACUUCUACUGAGCCAUAACAAGACUUCUGCUGCAGAGCUGAACAAGACAUUGUUUCAUUUCGUUUUCACAUCUUUUGACCAUCCAGGCUACCAUCAGAGUUGUUUAGCUUUCAGAAUUUUAAGUCAGUGUUGUGACUGUUAUUUUUGGGUACGCCUUUCAAAAUGAUCGAUUUAAGUUUCCUGACGGAGGAGGAGCAAGAGGCCAUCAUGAAGGUUCUGCAGCGGGAUGCUGACCUGAAGAGGGUCGAAGAAGAGAGAGUCAGGCAUUUGCCUGAAAAAGUUAAGGAUGACCAGCAGCUGAAGAAUAUGAGUGGCCAAUGGUUUUAUGAAGCCAAAGCCAAAAGGCACAGAGACAAAAUCCACGGCACAGAUAUCAUCAGAGCAUCCAUGAGAAAGAAGAGGCUCCAGGUAGCAGCUGAACAGAGUAAGGACAGAGAAAGCGGGGCAAAGGAAAGCUGGGUGAAUAAUGUCAACAAAGAUGCUUUCCUUCCCCCAGAGCUAGCCGGUGUUGUAGAAGAGCCAGAAGAAGAUGUAGCUCCAGCAAGCCCAAGUUCCGGCGUGGUACAUCCAGCUUCCUCCGUGAUUGAUAUGUCCCAGGAAAACUCAAGGAAGUCAGCCGUGUCUCCAGCUAAGCAAAGGAAGAAUCCAUUUAAUAGUUCCAAGUUGCCAGAAGAUGACUUAUCUCAACAAACCAAAAAUGAGCAGUCAAAAAAUGGAAGGGCUGGUUUUUUUCAGACAUCAAAAAAGGGUGAAUUGUCGGAGUCCAAAGAAAAGUCUUCUAUCCUGGAUAUUUCAAGCCAAAAGUUAGAGAAACCAAAGCAGACUUUUCCAGGCCCUGGGAAUGAAUCCCAAAUCAAAGCGCCAAUCCCCAAAGCCAGGAAAAUGGUCUACAAAUCGCAUGAUUUAAAGCAAGAAGAUAAUCAGUCUUUUCAGAAACAGAGGACAGACUCUCUGAACGCAAGAGGGGCUCCGAGAGGGAUCCUUAAGCGUAACUCCAGUUCCAGCAGCACAGACUCAGAAACUGUCCGUUUGCAUCAGAACUUUGAACCCAAAAGCAAAAUCGUGCCACCUGGCCUAACGAUCCAUGAGAGAAUUUCUGAGAAGGAGCAUGCUUUAGAAGAUGACCCCGCCUCAAGCUCACCGGAACCAUUAAAGCACGUGAGAUUCUCUGCAGUGACGGAUGAACUCCCGCUGAGUCCCGGGCUAAGCCAUGGCCGGGAAGUGGGAGAAUUCAGCGUUUUAGAAUCUGACAGGUUGAAGGAUGGAACACAAGAUGCAGGGGACAUGGAUGAGUCUGGGAAGGAACCUAAGCCUUCCCAAUACAGAAAGCCAUUGCCUUUACAUCAAUCAGCCUCAGGCCCAAGUGCGGCAAAAAAUGGAACACAUCAGCCAACAACUUCUGGGUCUUUUCCGAUGAAUGGGCACCCUUCUCCCUCAGAAGUUUUAACUGCAAGACCACAGUCCAUUGAGAAUUCACCUACCAUCAGUGAACACAAAACUAAAUCAUCAGAAUUAUCAAAGCUUGAAUCAGAAUUGUCCAAAAGCCCUGCUGAUGAACUGUCUCGUGUUGAACCUGAUCGCAGUUCUAGAGACCAUCAGCAAGGUAAGCCUCCUCUUCUCAAGGCCCUAAAAGCUAAGACAUCAUCAUGCUCUGUUCCAUAUGCCACUGAGAUAAGGAAGACAACUGAUGAUUCCAUAUCUAAAGUCCUAGACUGGUUUAACCGAAGUUCUCAGUCAGAUGACAGUGAGUCAUCUCUCCAACAUUCCGGAAGAAUAGAGUCCCAAGAAAAAACAGGCUCAAAAUCACAGAUCGCUACUGCCUUGGUGACAGAUGACACCAGUCUAAAUGAAAAUGGCUCAAAAGCUGUAUUAUCCACUAAAGUUGAAUCGACACCUGUGAGAUCUGAUUCAACGUUCCAGGUAGAGGGAAAUAUGCUGCCUUCUGGAAAUUGGCAAGAUAAUUCAAAUAUCAAACCCAAAUCUAUUAAUAUGUCCCAACAAGGCAAGGGAGGUCCAGGCAUAUUGCAUCCAUUUGAAAUCUACAGUCCAAAUCAAGGGAGUAAAACUGUGGACUAUAGGCAAGCUUCAAAAACCAUAGAAGGCAAUGGGGUACCUCCCCCAACCAGUAACUAUUCCUAUAGUGCCCUCAAAGGAUCUGAUGCAGCAGACCAAGUUCCUUGCAACAGUAAGAAUGCUGGCAGCUUAGGUAACGAAGAGCCUAAGGUUCAUGUUUAUGAAAAAAAUAGAGGAAACUCAGAGGUGAAUUUUAACACUUCAAAAAUUGUCAAAGAAUCAAGUUUGAAAGACAACGUGAGGACAGAGAGAAAGAGCAAAGGAGGAGCUACUUUCAUCCAGAAAGCUUCUUUGGAGCCAGAGAAUAUUGAGUUGCUCCCUGGGGCUGCCAGCAACAAAUCUUCUUGUAAGAAUCCUGGGGACCAACUACAAGAAAAAGCUAGUGAGGUUCCCAAGAACCAAGUGCAAAGAGAGAAAUACAAAAGAGUAAGCGACAGAAUAUCAUUUUGGGAAGGUGAGAAAGCUGCAGCUAAGUUAAUUCAUAAAGAACCCAUAUCUUCAUAUAGUCAGGGACAACCUUCUGCUAAAGCAUAUCAGCCUGUGAAGUUCAUGGACAGUUUAUCUACAGACCAGAAUGAAUAUAACCAAGUCACUGCCAAACAAGUGGUCCUAGAUGAGGAUGGCCAAGCAGUCCAUCUCUCCAGUUUUGAUUCCUCAAAUAAACAUGAAGAGACCAAGGCCCAAAUAUUAGGUCCAUUCAAAAAGAAUCCUUUAGCUGACCAAUCAGGUAAAGUGUCUCUGUUUCAGAAUAAGAUAAACGAGCCUGUAAAAAGAUUGCCAGUGGCAGAGAGUUUGCAUUCUGGAAGAGACAUCACUUUUCCGGCACUGCAACAUCCUUCAAAUGUUGGGACUGAAAUACAUACUUCUUUGGAGAAAGACAGAUCUCUAAUUGUUGAAUCAAAUCCCAACUUUAAAGUUAUGCCCCUAAAAGAAAGAAUGGAUGAACCCAAUACAGAACAGGUCUAUAAUCACUCUCAAUUUGAGAAUUUGAGAAAGUUUUGGGACUUAGGAGCCAAUCCAAACAGUCAGAAUAAUGUUGAGAAUACUAUCACAACAAGCCAAAAAAAUUCAGUGCCUUUUAAUAGCCAGAAACCUAAAGAAUUCCAUGACCUUGAAUCAUCAGGGAAAAGUACUGAUGAAAUAGAGACACUUCUGAGCCAAAAAACAGUUCCAGUAACAGAGGAAAAAGAGAAAUUGAAUUCCAAGUGCACACUCCAGGUGUCACCAGAUGAAACCACAUUUCCAUGGAGACCACCCAGAAAGUCCACUCAUCAGUUGCCAGGAAAUGAGUCAUCAAAGGAAAAUGUGGAAAAGAAUACUGAAAGGUUUGGUACUCCAGUUUCCAAGGAAGAAAAGGAUUACUCAGACCAAGAGGUUCAAGAAUCCAUAGUGAAAACCAGCGUUUUGUCUAAAGACUACAAAGUUAUUUUUAAUGACAGCUUACAGAAGCUGCUUUCAGAAGCUUCAUCGCCAGUAAUCCAGCCUUCUUCUGGUGGAAAAGUUCAUGGAAAGCAAGUGCUUGAACCAGGUGUUUCUGAAAAUAGGACAUGGCCUGGAAAGACAGAUUUUGCUGAUACUGAUGAAGAAGCCAAAAGACGUAAGGAAAUCAUUAAUGAACAUGUCAGCAAAACAGUAGCUCCUCCAAAGGUUGAACUAAACGCCUGGGCUGCUAGUCUAGACAAACUCCUGAAGGAAGGAACUGGACCUAUACCCUCUCCCUCGCAAACCAAGUUGGAUUCUGUUACCACGAGGAUCAGCUCUGAGCCUGAAGAGAGUGGAGCUUUUGACAAAGGGAUAGAACUGAGUUGCAAUUCGUCAGCUGAUCAGAGAGAGAGAAUAGCUCCUUUUCCAGAGGGGGAAGAAACUUUGGGAAAAACAGAUCUCCCCCAGAAAGCUGAAAGUGGUGAGUGCCAGCUAAACACGGAGAACUUGUUUCAGAUGGCUGCAGAAGGGUCUCACCCAUUGGAUCAAACUCCCUAUCUUCAUAGAAAGGGUUCUUUUGGGAACAUGGCCAACUGUCCCCAAGAUACGCCUUCCAGGGAGGGUGAUCUUGCCCCCCAGGAGAAGACACUGCCUUCCCAAAGGGAAAUUUCAGAGACUGUAGAAAAAGUCAUUCUCCCACCCAAACCUGUAUUGGAUGAUGUGAAUGUUGUGUUACAAAAACUACUUCGAGAAGCUUGGUUGAGUUAUCCAGUUGGGAGGGAAGUAGUUACUGGAGAAGUAAAAGCAGAAUUUCCUGAAGGAAUACAAGCGGCAGCUAAUCCCAAAACUUCUUUGGGAGGUAUCCCACCAUCGGCCACAACAGACGUCAUAGUCCCAGAUAGAAAGGACUUUUAUUCCCUCAAUGUAGUUCCUGAUAAAACUCAUGAAGUUGGAUCUUAUUUAGCUGCCAUCAAAAUAGCUCCAUCAGAACAAAUCCUUAGCUCAUCUGGUUCCACGGUUGCUCAGUGUGGCAAAAAGUUACCUCAGGAAGUGGCAGAAAUUGUGAGGGAAACAAUUAUUCAACCUAAAUCAGAACUACUUGAAUUCAGUGCAGGCUUAGAAAAACUACUGAAAGAAACAAUGGGAACUCCCCUUUCGAAGUAUGAAAGGGACACAGGGACUCUUCCUCCAUCAAAGUUAGUAGGUAGUAUUCAGGUGACCAGGCAAGCUGCUUCUGAGUUCCAUCCCGAGGAAAUAAAAGAAACAGUAAAAAAGUCUGAAGCUCCAUCAAUAACUGAGAGCGCUUUUGAUAUGGGUUUUGAGAAACUCCUUAGAGAAAUAUCUGAAACUCCUUCUUAUCAGCCCCAGGUGUCACUGAAGGAAGAAACUCCUGAGAAUGGGAAUUCACAGCCCCAGCAGGCCAGGUUCUUGGGGAGAACCCAAGAGGCCCCUGGAAUGAAGCUUACGAGUCACGUUUUCAAAUCUCAGGCCCACCUAUGUGACAAAGUGUUGGGAGGAGAAGCUGUGACUGAUUUGUCAGUGGAUCUUUGUGGUUCUGAAAGUAGAGUUGAGAUCCCUGGAACCCCACUUCAUGUGGGCCAUGAAAUAGGGACCAGUGAAACCAUGAAACCCCUAGAAUACAUAAAUAGUGGAAGUGAGUGUGCACGGGCUCGAGAAGAGACUUUUAAGAAACCUGGCUUCGCAGUGGGUCUUGAAGCAAUUCGUGUGUCCAGAAAUAGGCAACCUAGUCCUCUCCUGACCAACAAGGAAAAUCCUACAAAAACAAGUAAUGUUGAGUUGUUUCUGGCAUCACCAUAUAAGAGACAAAAGGAAGAGGAAGAAAAAGAAGGUGUCUCUGACUCUGAAUUUUCAGAUGGCAACAUCGGCUCUAAUGCAGAAAGCUGGAGAAAUACCUCCAGUUCAGAAGAAGAACCCAGUCCUGUUUUGAAAACUUUGGAAAGGAGCGCUGCUAGGAAAAUGCCUUCCAAAAGUCUAGAAGACAUUUCAUCAGAUUCAUCAAAUCAAGCAAAAGUAGAUAAUCUGCCAGAAGAAUUAGUACGUAGUGCUGAAGAUGUUUCCACAGUGCCUUCACAGCCUGAUAAUCCGUUUUCCCACCCCGACAAACUCAAAAGGAUGAGCAAGUCUGUUCCGGCAUUUCUCCAAGAUGAGAGUGAUGACAGAGAAACAGAUACAGCAUCAGAAAGCAGUUACCAGCUCAGCAGACACAAGAAGAGCCCAAGCUCUUUAACCAAUCUUAGCAGCUCCUCUGGCAUGACGUCCUUGUCUUCUGUGAGUGGCAGUGUGAUGAGCGUUUAUAGUGGAGACUUUGGCAACCUGGAAGUGAAAGGAAGCAUCCAGUUUGCCGUUGACUAUGUGGACUCCCUGAAGGAGCUGCACAUCUUUGUGGCCCAGUGUAAAGACUUAGCAGCAGCAGAUGGUAAAAAACAGCGUUCAGACCCAUAUGUAAAGACUUACCUGUUACCAGACAAGGGCAAAAUGGGCAAGAAGAAAACACUUGUAGUGAAGAAAACUUUGAAUCCUGUGUAUAACGAGAUUUUGCGGUAUAAAAUUGAAAAGGAAAUCUUAAAGACACAGAAGCUGAACCUGUCUGUAUGGCACCGGGAUACAUUUAAACGCAAUAGUUUUCUAGGGGAAGUGGAACUUGAUUUGGAAACUUGGGACUUGGACAACAAACAGAAUAAACAAUUGAAAUGGUAUCCUCUGAAGCGCAAGACAGCACCAGUUGCCCUUGAAGCAGAAAACAGAGGUGAAAUGAAGUUAGCUCUCCAGUAUGUCCCAGAGCCAGUUCCUGGUAAAAAGCUUCCUACAACUGGAGAAGUACACAUCUGGGUGAAGGAAUGCCUUGAUCUACCACUGCUAAGGGGCAGCAAUCUAAAUUCUUUUGUUAAAUGUACCAUCCUUCCAGAUACAAGUAGGAAAAGCCGUCAGAAGACAAGAGCCGUGGGGAAAACCAACAACCCCGUCUUCAACCACACCAUGGUGUACGAUGGGUUCAGGCCUGAAGACCUGACGGAAGCCUGUGUAGAGCUCACUGUCUGGGACCAUUACAAACUAACCAACCAGUUUUUGGGAGGUCUUCGGAUUGGCUUUGGAACAGGUAAAAGCUAUGGUACCGAAGUGGAUUGGAUGGACUCCACUGCAGAGGAAGUUGCUCUCUGGGAAAAGAUGGUAAAGUCCCCCAACACUUGGAUUGAAGCAACCCUGCCUCUCAGAAUGCUGUUGAUAGCCAAGAUUUCCAAAUGAACCCAAAGCCCAUUGGCUCCUCCACUGACAACUACUCAAUAGGUGGUCUCUGAUCUCGAAAAUCUGACUAUGUGGACAGAGAACCUCGCCUUCUAUCUGUCACCACUAACGAAUGCAUGUUCAAGUCAACCUGCAUGUACUUCUUUGGCUAUAAGGCCCAAAAGAGUUAAAUAAUAACAAAACGCAUAAUGUAUUUGUGCCUCCAACAUUCAAGAAGAUAUUUGAGAAAGCUAGGAAAAUCCAGCUGUUGCUUCAAAGAAAGCGCUGCCCCAAAAUAUUAAAGGUGGGGCGUUGUUAAUGGGGAAAGGCUUCUAGAUUGCCAUCAUGUGUUUCAUACCACAAUCUUGUGUUACAGCUGUGGGGGGGCUGCCACUUGAUCAUUGAAAAUCCUUCCAGGAACUGAAAAUAGGUAGGCUGCAGAAAAGAGUGACAGAAAGAUACAAUUACGAGGGGAACAAAAGGCAGAAUGUCAGCGAUGAUAAAGGAUUUGACCAUUAAAAAAGUGUUUACUCUGUAAUCGCUACUAAAAUAUGGAAUUUCAUGUCUGGACAAUGAGACUGAAUUUACUGCGUGCGUUUUUGUUUUGAGAAACUGCUUUCCUUUUUCCCCGUGUUGAAAACAAAGUCUCAAAUGUGCUUUGGUGCCACCCACUGGCCAAAGGUGGAAUUCAGUUUUUGCCUUAUUGUUCUCCUAAGGCAGGUCUCAAGCGUGCAUUUUGUAAUGGAGUAUGUAAAAAAAUCACACCCCCGCCCCGGCCAAAAAAAAAUCUUUGCAUAUAGAAGGUUCUGUUUUUCUUAUAACUCUACUAUAGGAAAGCAGCAUGAGAGUGGCCACAGCUUUGCAACGAAGUUUUAAUUAGAAUAUAAAUGGUUAAAUUAUACUGUAUUUCCUAUGUAUGUAUAAUUUUCAUAAAGUAUUUUGUAAAAACCCUUAGAAUAAAUUAUUAUAUGAUUUAA